AAUUGUUUUAAAAAAUCCAAAAAUUUUGAGUCAUCCAUUUCGUACUAUACAACUGGUGUCACUGUGUGUGUGCUCUAGUCGGGAUUUUUUUUCGUUUAAUCCGUUUACUCUAUUCCUACACUAUCGGCACGCUCAUCGGGUUGGACCACCCGACAUGAACACCAUACAGUCAAACACGCGGACCUCCGACGAGCCGCAACAGCAAAGAACAAAAAAAAAAACCGCUGGCAAGCACUCCACGGUCCGGGUGAAUCGAGUCGGACGAUCAGUCGUCGCGAAUACUCGCCACCAGUAGCAGCAGCAGCAGUAGCAGUAACCGUUCUGCGCGCCGAAAGACCGAGUGUCGUUGUCCCUUCCGAACUAUUGCAUCCAGCACGCUCCCCCCGCCUUUUUAUCCACACACACAUACACACAGUAAGCCGAGGAAAGUUUACUUCCCACGUGGGCCGAGGUAGUAUGGUGAGCGGUUUCUACUGAGGGUUAUUUUUUUAUGUUGUUGGCUGUUAUUCAUUCACACCAAACCCCACCGCUGGGGAGGAAGAUUUUUGUGUGUAGCCGUUGUGUGAUGCCGUGGCCCCAUAGACCACGGUCCGGGACAGUAGUGAACGAUCCAUCCAACGGACAGGAGCACCAGACCGUAGUAGCAACCGGCUGCUCGUAGCUUGUGAGUGAAAUGGGAGCGUGAUUUGCCUUUCGCGAAACCACAUUUAAUUAGCAGUUUUGGGAGUUUUCGGACGUUGUGUGUUUGAUGCGUUUGAAGUGCGUGUGGAAACUUGGAAAACAACCUCGGUUGAUAAAUGAAGCAUCUGUGAUGCAACGGUGUUGAAGAAUAAAGCAAUAAAUACUAAAAACAAUUAAUAAAUUAAAAAAGGAGAUAAGAACAAGUGAAUACUAAACAUCGUUAUAGUGAACUAGCGAUAGUGGACCACAAAUUAAAAAUACACCGAGAGAGUUUAGUAGCUCAAGCUUCCAUCUCUGAGCUGUCGUAACUGACAGCUCGCAAUGUUUACAUUUGUUUUGGAAUCACCUGUCAAACAGAAUUCUCCGAGUAUCUCCAAAAGAGCAUAGUACAUCUUGAGUGAUCUUUAUCCGAAGUGAUUUCUUGUGUGCAAAAGAUUCAAUAUCUCGUAAUGACCUUCGGAUCCCACAAGUGACACUUCCAAGAAAACUGCAGUCAGUACCAAGCAAACCACUUCAACUGUGCAGCUGUGCGUCAGGAUGCGGUCCAAGUCUGUCGCUCGACGAUUCGCUCAAGGCAUCAGUGGCGACGAAUCGGACGCAUCCCGUGGACUACCCGUCAAUCUAGAAGUGCCUCCAGGGCUGCAGGUGGUACCGAUGAGCAAGCAUCACGAUCACGGACCGGCAGACUUCAGCUUGCCCACAUCCCUGCCUCAUCACCUUCUACCCACCGCCGAUGAUGUUCGCGAGCGGCUAAAGCUCCAGAGUGCGGAACAGUUCCUGCUACAGAUGGCACGGCUACAGCGACCACCACCACCAGAUCUGGACAUCCAGACGGGGUCGGUCGUGGCGCUCAAAACCAUCCCCAAGGGCACCCAGUACGGACCGUUCGUUGGCAAGCUGCUGCGGGAACCGAUGGAUCGACGGUUCGCUUGGGAGGUGAUAGAUGUAGAUAUCCGAGGCUGGCUGGAUGCAACAGUCGAGCCGACGAACUGGAUGAAACACAUACGCUGCACCUCCAGCCCAACCGAAGCGAAUGUGCAACACUUUCUCAAAGAUGGUCAUCUGUGGUACGAAGUGAUAUGUGAUAUCAGUCCCGGAAGGGAGCUGUUGCUGCGACCGAAGGUUCCUCUUCAUCCGCGGGAUGGGCAAGACGAGCGUGGCAGCGAACGUGGCUCGGGCGGUUCCCAGCACAGCGACAACUACGAGGACGAGUACAAUACGUCGAACGAUCUUGACUCUAGUCACAACAAGGAGCAGCACCGCCAUCAUCAUCACAACAGUAGCAGCAGUAACAGCAGUGGCCGAAGCAGCAACGGCAGCAGUACCCGUGCGAACGGACACGGCCACCAUCAUCCGGCGGACGACAGUGGUAACGGAAGUGGCGAACCGCACCAACACCACCACCAUUCGGACGUGAAGGAGGAGGACGAGGACGAGCACGGCAUUGACGCGCGGUGUGUCGUCUGUGAUCGGCAGUGUCACGAUAUUGAUCAGCUCGACGAUCAUCUCGUGAUCUCGCACCAUUAUCCAAAGGACGCCUACAGGUGUGAGCUUUGUCCGAGGGCAUACAGCUACAGACCAUCGUUGCUGCGACACCGAGCGAUCGUACACGGCGAGCUGCGACGGUUUCCGUGCGAGAACUGUCCCAAGAACGAAGAUACCGAGGUGAGCACAGCAACCCCCAACACCUCUUCCUCACCGAGCGAACUAUUCAGUUACCUUCUGCAAGCUCAUGAUAAUAGGGUUUUUACCGAUCCCUCGAACUUGCAGCGCCACAUCCGCACACAUCACGUGGGAGCCCGUAGUCACGCGUGUCCCGAGUGUGGUAAGACGUUCGCCACCUCGUCCGGUCUCAAGCAGCACACGCACAUCCACUCGUCAGUAAAGCCGUUCCAGUGCGAGGUGUGCUUCAAAUCGUACACCCAGUUCUCCAACCUUUGCCGCCACCGGCGUAUGCACGCUGACUGCCAGGUGCAGAUAAAGUGUAACAAGUGUGGCGAUAGCUUCAGCACUACGACGUCCCUCUCGAAGCACAAGCGUUUCUGUGACUCAACGGCAGUUACGCGAGCCUCACUACACUCCGGAGCUCAUCCAUCGCAACUGCGCCAUUCGCACGAUCCUUACCCACACGGACGCUCGAUAGCGGGAGCGGGUCAACAGGGCAGUGCUGGUGGUGGUAGUGGUACGGGAGGAGCAUCCGCAGUUGGAGCCGGAUCUGGUGCAGGACCACUUCACACUUUACCACCCGGCAUGGCAACUCCACCGAAUCCAUUCCUUAUGUUCCCGGGUGCACCGUUCUUCGCACCAGGGUUUAGACCAUACCCGGGGAUGCCCAGUAUCUUCCCGCCGGCCCCAGGACAGGUUCCACAGUUUCCGUUGUCUUUCUUUCCAAAACCGGCGGCACCGGGCCCACUACCCGAACCGGAACGCAGAACUCCUUCACCAUCUUCAAGACAUCUUGGUCUGCUGGAAGGUUACGGGCAGCAAUCGAUGAAGAUCUCACCACCGACCGGUGAGGAAGCGACCAACCAUCUUCGCCCAUCUCCGGCUCGUCCAAUACCGGUUAGCUUCAACUCGGCGGCAGCAGCGGUGGCGCUACUGUCAGGAUCUCCUGGUCCGCUAAUGGGAAGUCAUAGCCUCCCUGCUACGGAAUCGGCCCCGGAGCGAGGCAACAACAACAAUCACAUCAAGGAGAACAACAAUCACAACCAGACGAAUGGUACCAGUUCCUACGGUGGACCGCAGCAACAGUUGAGACGAUCUUCAAGCCGCAGUAGCUCAGUAACUGCAGCGGCCACCGUUAAAGAAGAGCUGCAUCGCGAGUCUUCAGAUGCAGAGGAAGGAGAUGCGGGAGUUUCAGCAAUUCGGGUGAAGAAUUUCUCUACACGAUCGAAGAAUUCCGUUGGAGAGCCGAGCAAGUCACCUGCUAUGUCAGAGGAUAGAAGUCAAUCACAGCGUAGAAGAAGCCGCACUGUGGAUGAUGUUGAUACGUCAGAAUCCGAGGAGUUCUCGUCGGAGGCGAAGAAGGUUAAGAAGGAGGAUGACUCAACCGGAUCCGCAGAGCAACCCUUAGAUCUGAGUCUUUCGAAGAAGCUUAAAAACGAUGACACAGACGAUGGUGGUGAAGGAGAUGACGAUAAAGAUGCAUCAGAGGAGGUAGAAAAUCGUAGCUCAAACCGAAGUCCAACCCCGAUCGAGGUGGCCAGUCCAAGAUCCACACCGACCCCAUCCGUUCCAACGCCCAACUCCUCGGACACACCGCACCAGGAUCUCUCGCUGAGAGCGCGCGGACGGAACACUUCACCGAAAGCGGCAUCGGCCUCUCCACUAGCAGAUGCGUUCGCUUUACCAAGUCCCUCACCCUCACUGUCGCCGCGUCCAUCACCCUCACCGUCCUCUCCGGGCGGUAUGGUAGGAUCCGGUCCUCACCACCAGCCCAUCUCCUAUCCACGACCGAUCUAUCCCUUUCUCCUCGAAGCGAUGUGUCACGGAGGACCUGGCCCGAUGGGAGGCUUUCAGCGACCAGCGUUCAGCUUCCUGGACUCACUAGAAUCGAAUCUGGAUCUGCUAAAGCGUAGCCGUCAGUAUAUGCCUUCGAAAGCGUUUCACCAGGCAGCAAUGAUGCCACCGGGCUUCGGUGUUGGAGGAGCGCGGCCUCCCGGUGUACCGGGAGGACCCGGUGGACAGGUAGCUCCCGGGAAGGUUAAAGAUCGAUACUCGUGCAAGUACUGUGGCAAAGUGUUCCCGCGAUCGGCCAACCUGACGCGGCAUCUGCGUACCCACACGGGCGAACAGCCGUACAAGUGUCGGUACUGUGAGCGAUCGUUCAGUAUCUCGAGCAACCUGCAACGACAUGUGCGGAAUAUCCACAACAAGGAGCGCCCGUUCAAGUGUCAUCUGUGUGAGCGUUGUUUCGGCCAGCAGACGAAUCUGGACCGGCAUCUGAAGAAGCACGAUGCGGAUGCGUCUGGACUCGUGUUGGGUGAUUCGCCCUCCUCCAACGAAGCAGAACGUGGGGAAGAUGUGUUCUUCGAUGAGAUCCGUUCGUUUAUGGGGAAGGUUACCUACUCGGGACCGGCGUCUCUGUUGCCUCCGGGGACACUGCCGGGAGCGUCAGACGUUGAGGCGGGUAAAGGGGAUGGUGAGGAUGGUGAGAACAGUGCGUCUGGAAGGAGGCGAUAUGGGCGAACGCUGGACGUGACUGGUGGGGAUGAUGAGGAGGAAGAGGAGGAAGAGGAUGAGGAGGAAGAUGCAGCCAGCUGUGACGGUGAGAGUGAUCUGAUCAACAUCGAUUCGGACAAGGACACGAUCAACAACAAUGACACGAUCGAGGUGUCUACUUAGAGCAGUGAGGUAAAGGACGCUUGUAAAUAGGCUGUACGGAACGGGAACUCGGGUUCCAAUAUCAUUAACUGAAGUCAUUUGUGGCGCUUUUUGAUUUAAUUUUCGAACCUUAAGAUUAUAAGUGUACAAGCAAGUUUAGUGGAAGGAAGAAUAAUCAAACAUUAGGAAAUAAGUGGCGGACGUUGAGACACGGUUAGUAGAAUAAAUGUCCUAGGUUAGGAUGGGUUAUCUGAAAGAUAUUGAAGGAAUGCACUUAUUCUUUCCUGUAGGAUGAUGAUUGGUAAUGAUAAGGGUUUUUUUAUUAAUUAAGACUUAAAAAUUAAUUCUUCAAAUGAAGGUGACAGAUCAACCAAAAACAGAAUGAGAAAAAUGAACCAAAAUGAUACACCCAAAAAUGGAAAAGGGCUAACAAAGCAAACUAAGAUUGGCUUUGAUCACUUAAUCUACUGCUCACGAUUUAUGCAAACUAAGAAAUCAAACACAAACACACACACACAAACCCAGUAAGGUAUUAAGAUAAAAGAUAGAAUGGGUUCGGGUAUGGUAGAAAAAGACGUUUUCAAAGAGUUAAUUUAUUUCUCACCUUAUGUUACGAGCUUAUAUUGGUUUACUUUACGAUCGAUAAGGAAGCUAAAUAAACAAUUAAUCUGUGAAUAAUUUCUAAAUUAAAAUUAUUAAAAAAAAUGCUAGCAAAUCAAGAAAGGAACUUCUCUGUUUCCCUACAUGUUUGGAGUUUUAGUUCAAAAUUAGAAGGAAUUGUAUUGUUCGAAUGAAGAGAGUUGAGGGGAUGGAAUGUAUGUCAGCGUAAAAAGGGGCGAACGAAAACCAGUAAACACAAUUCACAGGAACAAGUAGUCUCGUAAGUGCAACAUUGUUAGUUAGUGUUUAAAUUCUUCUGUAAUAAAGCAUAGUCACAACGAAUAAGUUAAGGGCAACACGUACAUCUUAAUUGUUUUCCUUUUCUUUCCAUCUCACAUUUUCUCUCUCUCUCUCUCGCUCUAUCUCCUUCGGAAUGACGUUUCACAGCUGUAUAUGACGUUUAAAAAGAAAUGAAAAAGCAGCAAAAUAACAGCAAAACAACGCAAUUAUAUUUAAGAAAAGGGACUUGAGGGAAUAAUAUGUAAAAAAGGUAGCAUCAAAAUGGAGUAGAUAGAGUGAUACGGACGAACCCAACUUGUUCUACUUUCCCACUGUGCACUGUGGGAAAAUGCUUACAGUAAGGUUGCAGGCUACAAAAAAAUCACGAUUCAGUAAGAAAAAUAUUUUUAAAUUCCUACCAUAAAACAAAACCAAACAACGCUCUGAUCGAAAUGUAUCAUAUUAAAAAAAUACAAUCUUCACCGUACACACUAUCUGAAUAAAAGCGAAAACUCACGUUAUGUAUGAAA